AUGGCGUUUAGAGGGCGAGGCCGCGGCCGUGGCGGUUUCGGCGGGGGCGGUUUUCGUGCUGCUAAGCAAGAGCCCUUCGAGUUGUAUCCAGAACUUGAAGAUUUAGGAACUGCAGAAUAUUCAACUAGAAAUUUGCAAUUAAUAAAGUGGUACUCAAAUUUGCAAAAAUACUGGAAUUCCUCUCCUUACUACUACGAAGGUGGUAGCGAACGCACUAGGAAUGUGCAAAAACCAGAUGUAGAAAGGUUGUCAGACAAGAAUUCACAAGUAGCAAAUGCUAAGCCCCCGCUCUGGCACUUCAUUAAGUUGGACAUUGAUCAUGUUCCUGCAGAACUAGCUAGAGGUGAUAAGAAGGAAAAACUUGGCAGCAAAAGAGUGAGAUGGAACCCAGAAUCAGCAGGCAUGCACAAAUUGGAUCUCUUUGAGAAGCUUGAACAGAAGCAUCAAGGCCAAGAAGGAAAGGAAAAUAAAGAAAAUGAAGAUCAGGAAGAAGACGAUGAAAGAAAUGAAGAGGAAGCAGAAGAAGAAUUCAGUGAUGAAGGCGAUUAUGAGCAGAAUGAAUAUUUUGAUGAUGAUGAAGACGACUACAAUAUGGCUGAUGACAAUGAUGAUGAGCCCUUCUUUUAG